UCCACGCGGUGCGGGGGCUCGAGAGUCUCGAUCGUCGCUUCGCGCCAUGCCGAAGGCCAAGGGGAAGACGCGGAGGCAGAAGUUCGGCUACAACGUUAACCGGAAGCGGCUGCACCGGAAUGCUCGGCGCAAGGCGGCGCCCCGGAUCGAGUGCUCGCACAUCCGGCACGCCUGGGACCACGGCAAGUCGGUGCAGCAGAACCUGGCCGAGAUGGGGCUGGCCGUGGACCCCAACAAGGCGGUGCCCCUCCUCAGGCGCAAGGUAAAGGCCAUGGAUGUGGACAGUGGGGGGAGAUCUGCACUUCUGGUUCGGAAGCCCUACGUUCUCAAUGACCUGGAGGCUGAAGCCAGCCUCCCUGAGAAAAGAGGGGACACACUGUCUCGUGACCUCAUUGACUAUGUCCGCUAUAUGGUGGAGAACCACGGUGAAAACUAUAAGGCGAUGGCCCGGGAUGAGAAGAAUUACUACCAGGACACCCCUAAACAGAUUCGGAAUAAGAUCAAUGUCUACAAGCGUUUCUACCCCACUGAGUGGCAGGCUUUCCUUGAGUCUUUGCAGAACACAAAGAUGGAGGUGGAAUGACUUGGGGUUUGGGGCCUGUCCCCACUCCCAUCCCUCACUCUGAGGCCAUCGCCUUGAUCCAGGAAGCAGCAAGCCAGGAUUUGCAGCAUGGAAGAGGUGUGGUGGCAAGUGAGUCUGCCCAGACCUGUCCUGAUCACAGCUGACACAUGUUCCCCUCUUGGCCACAGACUGUCUCUCAAACUCCAUUUGUUCUCCUGUGGACUGUGGGGGAAAGCAGCAGCUAUGUUUGCAGUGUACCAGGGCACUUUGAAGACUUCAUGUACAGAAUAAAACAAGGUUCUAUUUUA